AUGGACACCUUCCGCCGCACGUCCCAGAUCCAGACCUCCGACAGCGGAACGGGCGAGCUGCCGCCGGACGUCAGCCACCGGGCCGGGCGCACCUCGCUGCUGGAGAGCAGCACGGCGUGGGCCAGGGCGAUCGACAAGAGCUACUCCUUGGACAGCUUCGACCUCGGCCGCACGAUCGGGGUGGGACGCUAUGCUCGGGUCCGGACGGCGAAGGUGAAGGACAACCACAGCUUGCCGGUCUGCCUGAAGAUCCUGAAGAAGUCAAACAUGAAAGAGCUCGACCAGGUGCAGCACGUCAUCGCAGAGAAACAGGUCCUUGCGACCAUCCAGAACCCCUUCGUCAUCCAGCUGCUGACCACUUUCCAGGACGACUCGCGGCUCUACAUGGUGCUCGAGCUCAUCAACGGCGGCGAGCUCUUCCAUGAGCUCAGAAAGGCGAAGCGCUUCACUCUCGAUCGGGCCAAAUUCUACAACAUGGAGGUCGUGAGUGCCGUGUCCUACCUCCACAGCCUGCUGAUCGCCUACCGUGACCUCAAGCCUGAGAACAUUCUGCUCCAUAGGACUGGCCACAUCAAGCUCACCGAUUUUGGGUUCGCCAAGUACUUGAAAGGCCAGAGGACGUACACCGUGUGCGGGACCGCGGCGUACAUGGCCCCCGAGAUCGUCAUGCGGCAGGGCCACGGCCUGGCGGUGGACUGGUGGGCGGUGGGUAUCCUCAUGUAUGAGAUGCUCUCCGGCAACGUGCCAUUCGACGACAAAGGGGCGGAUUACGACGAGAAGGUCGUGUUCGCCGCGAUCGUGAACGGAAACCCCUCUUACCCGCCGGCCUGGAGCAUCGACAAGAACUACAGGAGCGUCCAAGACUACCUGAAGAGACUCAUCAUGGUGGAUCCCAUCCGCAGAAUGGGCUGCAGAGAAGCCGUCGAGGCCUUCGGCAAGACGAAGCACGUGAAGGAUCACGCGCUCUUCAAGGGCGUCAACUGGAACGACGUCGCUCAGGGCGUGAUCACGCCGCCGUUCCGCCCCAACACGAACGACAGCGACACGGACAUCAGCUGCUUCCAGCAGUUCGAGGAGUCCGACGCGGCGGCGAGGGCCUCAGCGGUGGACGACGACGAGGUGUAUGCGGACUGGGAGACCCGGAACAGCUUCGAGGACGAGGCCCGCCAGAAGGCCGCGGACCUCGUCCGGGAGUUCGAGGGGCGGCGCUCGCAGAGGGCCUCCGCGCACGGCGGGGACCGCGGGCCCCCGGGGCUGACGGCCCCGCCGGCGGAGGACAUCACGGGCGUCGCGGGCGCCGCCGAGGGCCCGGGCGCGCAGGGCGAGGCCCAGGAGCCGGGCGCCCGCGCGGAGAAGCAGCCCGCCGUCAAGGAGGUCUGCGACGCCAAGGUGGCGGGCAGCGGCGCCUGCUGCGCGGUGCAGUGA